AUGGGAUUCCCGCAGGCCAUCUCCCUUUCAGCAAAAGAUGUGCACGUCAGUGACGUUGAGUCUUUCGCUCGCAUGUCAAGUCACGGAGCGAGUGAGGCAAGUUGCUCGACCACCUCUUCUUAUGAGAAGACGCUGGUGUGGGGAGCGCCGAUGAGUCAUUAUGAACAUGUCGAUAGCCAUUCAGCCCACAGAGCUGAAAGGCAUCGUGGAAUGCGAACAGACCAGGCAGCUGAAUCUGAUCCUGCGGCCCACGCGCAACUUCAAAAGGAACUUCGAGCGAAAGAGAAUUGGGAUACUAUGAUCUCGGAGGUGGCGCGAAAGAUGAUGGCGAACGGAGGAUUAGGGAGGAAGAUUUGCAUCAACAGCGGGGGGAUGGUAUGCAUAACGUAUGAGAAGUACCUGCGUCGCUAUCCGGGAACAUUGCUUUCAGAUAUGAUCAGGAAUCCCAAUCACGAUCUAUUCCGCAAAGGUUUCAUAUUUCUUGAUCGGCAUCCGUUUGCUGCUGUCGAGAUCGUCAACUCCUACCGCGAUGGUUUCAUUCCAGUCAAACCUCCUCACAUUGCUUCAGAAGUCUGGCAGAAUGAGCUCUUGUACUUCAAGAUGCACGAGGCAGAUCCGCCCAUCCCGGGUUUGGAUGGAUUCUUGGCCCUGUACCGACAAUCUUUCAACAGCGAGGAAGAUGGAAGACCUUCUGCUGGGUUCCGGGCAACUUUGUAUGCGUUGCUGGAAGAGCCCAAGUCGAGCACUCUUGCCUGGUUCAUCUCGAUGACGUCCUUGAUCCUGGUCGUGGCGUCUGUGGUGGUCUUGUGCGUCGAGACUCUUCCGCAGUUGGCAAAGAACGACCAGCUGCAGUCAACCUUCGAGUUUGUGGACGUCGGUUUCGUCUCAGCCUUCACUUUUGAGUAUCUCUCACGGCUCUUAGUGAACCAGAACAAGAGGAAGUUCGUGUUUCGCCCACUGAACAUAAUCGAUCUCUUGUCCAUCCUUCCAACCUGGAUCACCUUGAUUUUCCCAGCAGCAGAAGCAUCAAAGGUCUUGAAAGUGCUGAGGAUUCUCCGAGUCUUCAAGCUUGCAAGGCACUCAGACGGGCUUCAAGUUCUCGGCAAGACAGCCAUUGCAGCAAGGAAUGAACUUAGCCAGGCCCUUUUUUGCUUCAUCAUAUUGGUCAUCUUGUUUGCAGCAAUUGUUUUUUAUGCUGAGGACAAUGCUGCGAAUCCAUACGGAGAGCCAUUUCUGUCGAUCCCUCACAGUAUGUGGUGGGCUGUCAUAACCCUCUGCACUAUCGGUUACGGGGACAUGACUCCUGUCACUGACACUGGAAGAUUGUUUGGGAGCAUGGCGUGCGUUGCUGGGGUUGUUAUGGUUGCUUUGCCGAUCUCUGUGAUCAGCUCGACAUUUCAAGAAAAGUACGCCGAGCAUAUGGAGAAGCAGAAGAUUGAGGUGGGAUCCAUGAGAAACCUUGUUCCAAGUCGAUCCUUGUCCAAUCAAUCUAUCUCCCUCUCAUCGUCACAGUGA